CGGAAGUACUUUUAUUGACCAUACCGUUUUAGCAAUAAAUCAGUGUAUUUGUCAAGAUCAUCAUAGUAUUGACCCAACAAAAGACCAUCAUAAUAACUUUAUUUUAUAACGGACGGACGGAAAAACAAAUGUCCUUACUUGAAAAAAAAAAUCUUUAAGUUGGAGUCUACAUAUUGCCUUUAAAUAGAUAACAAAUGUCCCGACAAUAUACAAACAAAUACCUCAGAGAAAGGUAAGCUUAGAAGAAAACUAGUAAACGUGAAAAUAUGGAGAGAAUAACUCCACUUGUAUUACUUGUUAGCCUACUUAUCAUUUCUGCCUCAGUUGUGAAUCAGACUAGAGCAGAUAUAUGCGUCGAUGGACUAGGCACUUGCGAAAACUGCGACCAGAGAUGCAAGUCCAAACACGGGCCAUCAGGCCACGGAGACUGUGAUGACCGCUCUACUGGGGUGCCUAUGUGCAGGUGCCACUACCAAUGUGAACCACCCUCGCUGACGUCGACUCCACUCAAUACUUGCAAUGGUGGGGCCGGUUUAUGUAGUGUAAAUUGUCCCCAAAAAUGUUGCGAUAUUAACUGUGCACUUAAGUUUAUAGGUGGAAGUGGGAUGUGUUUAACCCUCGGUAAUACUAGCGUUUGCCAGUGCAAGUAUCCUUGUUAAAGCUGGCUGACAAAAUUGUAAACCAACUAUUUUAUAUGUAGGACGAUGAUAAAAUAAUAACAAUUUCCAUUAUUAUUGGUUUGUGGAUGGUGUUGUUUUUAUGAAUUGAAUUGAUCAACGUAGCUAAAUUUUUUUAUUAUAUCUUUUUUUUUAAACAAUUUUUUUUGUACAUAUUGUUUAGUUUCUGGUGCAAAAGAAUCUUUGUAAUCAUCGGAAAUUAUGACAAUAUAUCUUGAGACAUCGCGAAUGAACUAAAUAAACCAAAGCAUAACCCUUUAUUUCAAAAUACAAAAAAGUGACCACCCAAUAAUGUUGUACGUAGAUUUUUAUGUUACAAAAAAUAAUAAUGUUGUACGUACACAUGGAUAUCUCCUCUAAACUCUGUAUAUUAUGAAGCAACAAGAAAUGCUCUAUACUCGUAAACUUUGAAAAUUUUGAGAUUUCAUUAUUACUGGUUCUUGGAUUUCAAAAAUCUUAAUAGAAUUCAUUGUUGUUGGUAUAAGAAUUGUCAAAAUUCAUUCAAAUUCUUUAUUAUUCAAAUUUUUUAGUUAUUAUUGAUUCUCUAAUUUUAAUUAAAUCUAGUGUUAUUGGGAGGUGAAUUCUAUUCAUUUUUAUUCAUUAGACUCAAUUUUCAAAAUAUCAUAUGUAUCCAUGUGAUUUUCAGAAUCUAUGUGAUACAAUAACUAGAAAACAAAAUAGUUAUACUUACCAAAUAUCUAUUGCACUUUAAAUCCAAGUUAUAUGUCCAAAACUAUAAUCCAUUACAUUUUAUAUACUUUUACAUUUUUGGAUAUAUAAUUCUUUUUAUAUUUUUUUACCAUCUUUGAAUAUAUAAUUAUAUUUAUAAAUAUUAGAAAAAAUUAAAAAAAAAAAUUAAAACAGUUUCAAAAAGCAUUUUAUAAUUAAAAAAAAGAAAUUUUGACAGAAAAUUUGGAAAAAACAAAAGAAUAUUAGCCAAUCUAAAAAAAUAUGAUCAAAUUUCAUAAGUCAAUGUAUAUAAAUUUUCACAAUCUACAUAACUUUAAUAAAUUUAUCAAUUUUUAAAAUUCACAAACUCUAUACAAAUUUAUCUCUCAAUAAAUAAAACUACAGGAUCUAAACCAAAAUUCUCCAAAACAAUAUAUAACAUA